CAUACUUUUUUCUAUGUGAGCUCCUCUGUGCCCAGCUCUAAUGGUGUAAAAGAAACCGAAUAAAUUUCUUCAGCACACCAGUCUCAGAGACAAAAGGAACAAGUAAAGGCCUGCAAUAUGAAAUUCACAUGCAUCACAGUCUUGUUUUGGCCCUUCUCCAUGCUAUUAUUAUCGGACAAAAGCCAGACUUCUAAAAUAGAAGUCAAAUGUAAUUUCACUGAAAAGGAUUAUUCUUUGAUUCCAGUGGGUAUCAAUAAUAAUGUUACUAUCCUUGAUCUCAGUUAUAACAAAAUUACUUUGAAUGUUACAGACACAAGGGUGCUACAGAAGUAUUUUUUACUUACUGAGCUCUAUUUGAUUCAGAACAAUAUCACUAUCUUACAUAAUAGUAGUUUCAGUAACCUCUCCAAUCUAGAAAUCUUAAAUAUAUGUAGAAACUCCAUUCAUGUUAUUCAACAGAAUGCAUUUGUAGGCCUAAAUAAACUAAAACAAUUACAUCUCUGCCAAAACAAAAUAUUACAACUAAAUCCUGACAUGUUUAUGCCGUUAAACAACCUGAAACUUCUGAAUCUGCAAGGAAAUUUGAUAAGCUACUUUGAUGUACCACAACUAUUUCAUCUGGAAUUAAUAAUUUUAUAUGGAAAUCCAUGGAACUGCACUUGUAGUUUAUUCAAUUUGCAGAACUGGUUGAAAACAUCAAAUGUGAUACUAGAAAAUGAGAACAUCACCAUGUGUAGCUAUCCACACAGCCUGACGUGCUACAGUAUCAAAACAGUACCCUAUAUGGCUGAAUGCUACUCAAAGUUUGCUUCAUCUAUAACUGAAGAUCUUUAUGUUCAUUUUCAGUCCAUUAGCAAUUCAACUUUUAAUAGUUCUUUAAACAAUUUCACAAGAAAUUCAGAACAUGAACCUCUUGGAAAAAGUUGGGUUUUUCUUGUUGGUGUUGUUGUCACUGCACUGAUGACUUCACUCCUCAUCUUAACUGCUAUCAAAUGCCCAAUAUGGUAUAAUUUUCUGCUUAGUUACAAUCAUCGUCGCCUAGAAGAGCAUGAGGCAGAAACCUACGAAGAUGGUUUUCCUGGAAAUUCAAAUUCUCUUCCACAUAUAGGAGACAUAAACUCUGAAGACACUACAGUAAUAUUUGAGCAGUUACAUUCAUUUGUGGCAGAAGAUGAUGGUUUUAUUGAAGAUAAGUAUAUAGAUACCCAUGAACUAUGUGAAGAAAAUUAAUUUUAAAAUGUUUGAUUGCUGAUAAAAUAUCAGACCACUCACAGCUUAGAUGUGGAGACUUUGAUAUGUAAAACAUACCAAAUUGGAGCUAGUAGAUCUUCAUCUUAAUAUCAUAUACACAAAUAUCAUAAAAAUGUUUUUCUUAUUGAGCAAGGGGAUCCAAAUGAAGUAACUGACACUCUUAGAGCUAACAGUUACACAAUUAGUUAAUCUACAAUGCUAACAUUAUUAAUCUCAGCAGUACUUAGAACAAAUAAAAAGGCAGCUAGUGUAUUAUUCAUUAAAUAAAUGAAUAUAUUCUUAUAAUAACACAUAUUUGUUAUAUAGAACAUAUUAAAUUAUACUAAAGUCCCAGUCAUUAAAAAAAUAAAAUAUUUUAGAUUUAUGUCAUGAGUUAAAGAACAGAGAAAUUCGACUACACACUAAGAUUAGUUCUAUGUUCACAGACUGAUUUCAUGGUAUUGAAAAAUAUUUUAUAUUAAUGCUUCCUGAAUUAGUAAAACAUAUUUACUCAAAAUUUAGUAGAAACUUAAGCACAAGGCACAGUGUUCAGGUAUAAUCCUUAAUGAUUACUACCGAUUUCAAUCAGAAAAAACGGCUAUCACCAAAUUUCAUGAUUGGCACAAUUCAGUACCAUGGUGGCUUCUCAAGUGGGCAUCACAAUUAUUUAUGAAUUCUAUUUAUAAAAACACACAUUUCUGCCUCUCUCUGGGAGAUUAUUCGAAUGAAUCUGUGCUGGGACUAAGGAAUCUUUAGUAGGUCCAUGGGUAGCCGAUAACAUGGAACAAUGUUUCUCAAAUUGUUUUCUAGAACACUAACCUCCAGAGAGACAUUCAGAAGUAUUUAUAGGAUAAGAAAAAGGUACAUGGGCCAAGCACAGUGGCACACCUGUAAUCCUGGCUACUUGGGAGGCUGAGACAAGAAGACUGUAUUCAAGCCUACUUGGAAUGACUGCCAACAACUCCUAGGGACUCUCUUCAUGACAGAGGAACAAAAAAGAAUCCUCCUGGAAGCAAGAAAAAAAAUAUCCUCGGACCAGAUGGGCAACCGACACAACUUCCCCUUGAACCGACCUAACUGGGACCCCAACACCUUUGAAGAUAGUCAAUUGCUGUUGGCUUUCAAAUGGGUAAACCCAGAAACUGGAACAUCUGAUCAACUAACUUGGACCAGACUCCCACAGGGGUUCAAAAACUCCCCCACUCUUUUUGAUGAAGCCCUCCACAGAGAUCUCAACAACUUCACAACUACACACUCUGAAGUCACCCUGCUUCAAUAUAUGGAUGAUCUGCUACUGACAGCCGAUACCAAAGAAAACUGUGAGUCUGGGACCCAAGCACUAUUACCCGAGCUUGCUCAACUCGGGUAUAGAGCUUCUGCCAAAAAGGCCCAAAUUUGCCAGCAAGAAGUAAUCUUCCUGGACUAUUCCCUUAGGGGCAAUAAACGAUGGCUCACUGAGCCCAGAAAACAAACCGUUGUGCAGAUACCACCCCCAUCUAACAAGAGGGCAAAUGAAGAAACUAAAUUGGCAGCCCUAAAUGGAAAAACCAUGUUAACACUUUCCACACCGGGGGAACAUAAGGACACUAACACUGAACUCCUCGACUUUACUGAGCCUAGCCUGCAAUUUAAAGCCCUACACUACAUUAAAAAUGUACAUCAACUCACUCACCUUGGUUCCUGAAGGAUCAAGAACAGAGUUUUCCACUAACCGGCUCACAGCGAAAGGAAAUAGCUGAACGGGUAACAAAAGCCUGUCGGGUCUGUUAAUUGGUUAAUGCUUACCCCUUGAACCAAACCAGGACAAUUUUGGGAAAUGGACUUUACUGAAAUUAAGCCAGCAAGGUAUGGACUUAAAUAUCUCCUAAUCUUUGUAGAUACAUUUUCAGGAUGGAUUGAAGCCUUCCCCGCAAAAAAA